AUGGCGUAUCAAAACCACCAACUCUCUCAAGACCAUUUCACUCCCGAUGACUCUACCACCAAACCAACCUCCGAACCUCACCAAUCCUUCCAACCCGCACCCAACUGGCUCAACACCGCUCUCCUCCGUAACAACUCCCCAACCACCAACAACACCAGUACCAAUUUCCUCAACCUCCACUCCUCCGCCGCCUCUCAAUCCUCCUCCCAUUGGCCGAUGAUUGACGACUCCACCAUCUCCGGCAUGAAAGCGCCGGAGAACGCCGACGCGGCAGCGGAGGGAUUAAUGAACUGGCAGAAAGCGAAAUAUAAAGGAGAAAUAAUGGCGCAUCCGUUGUACGAACAGCUUCUAUCAGCACACGUGGCGUGUUUGAGAAUCGCCACGCCGGUUGACCAGUUGCCGAGAAUCGAUGCUCAGCUGGCGGAGUCACAGAAUGUUGUUGCCAAGUACUCUGCCUUUGUUCAAGGCAUGCUUGACGAUGAUAAUAAACAACUCGAUCACUUCAUGUCGCACUAUGUUUUGUUGCUUUGUUCAUUCAAAGAACAGCUCCAGCAACAUGUCCGGGUCCAUGCAAUGGAAGCAGUAAUGGCUUGUUGGGAGAUCGAGCAAUCCUUACAAAGUCUAACAGGAGUUUCACCCGGAGAAGGUACUGGAGCAACUAUGUCUGAAGAUGAAGAUGAACAAGUAGACAGUGAUACUAAUCUGUUUGAUGGAAAUUUGGAUGGUUCAGAUAAUAGUAUGGGAGGAUUUGGUCCUCUUGUUCUAACAGAGAAUGAGAGGUCCUUAAUGGAACGUGUAAGACAUGAAUUAAAACAUGAGUUGAAACAGGAUUAUAAAGAGAAAAUUGUGGACAUAAGAGAGGAAAUUUUACGAAAGAGACGAGCAGGGAAACUUCCCGGUGACACGACCUCAGUCCUUAAAGAUUGGUGGCAAUCACAUGCAAAGUGGCCUUAUCCUACCGAAGAGGAUAAGGCAAGGUUGGUACAAGAAACAGGUUUGCAAUUGAAACAGAUCAAUAAUUGGUUUAUCAAUCAAAGGAAGAGAAACUGGCACAGCAAUCCUUCAACUUCUAAUGUCAUGAAAAGCAAGCGCAAGAGGUGA